UGGGUCUCGGUAUACUUCUUUUGUGGUUGCUUAACCUUGAGCAGAUCAUUCACAAAGGCUUCUAAUAAUAAUACCUCACCCUACCCUACCUGAAACCAUAGUCUGAAGAUUGUCAACAUGGGUAUCGAGUUGUAUCUGGAUCCGUGCACGGUCAACAGCCGAAAGGUGCUCGCUGGCCUCGACCUGAUGAAGAUCGAGUACAAGUCAACCAAUGUCGACUACUUCAAGGGGGAGCACAAGAGCGACUGGUUCACGAAGAUCAAUCCCAUGCAGACUAUGCCCGCGGCGACGGAUGGAGACCUGACCAUCACCGAGUCCAAUGCGAUUCUCCAGUACGCCGCCGACACAGCCGGGAGCGAUGCAUAUUAUCCCAAAGACCUCAGACAGCGCGCCCAGGUCAACAAGUGGCUGCUCUGGGAAGCCUCUGCGUGGUUUCCCAGCUGCUACGUCUACCUUGUCGAGUUCGUGGCCAAGCCUCUGCUCAAGGCAACCCCGGAUCAGGCCGUGAUUGACGCCGAGGAGCCCAAGUUCCGCAAAUACGCCGGCAUCCUCGAGGCCCAGCUGUCCAAGACCAAGUACCUCGUAGGCGACACGCCUACCAUUGCCGACAUUGCGGUUGCCUCGCCCAUGCACCUCUACGCUGCGCAACGUCUGCCUCUUGACCAGUACCCGAACCUGAAACGCUGGUACACGCAGGGCAUUGAGCCGCUCGAGGCGUGGAAGAAGACACAGGGUGCAGUGAACAAGGCCCUGCUCCCUAACGGCCCUCCAUCUGUACGUACCACUGUCAACUACACAAAAGCUGUAGACCGGCUCACAGAGCUGUACUUUUAUGAGGACGAGAAGGCUAAAGACAUCCACGAACCAGGGGACCUAGCGCGCGAAAUCACCGUGACGGACGGCUGGCAGCAAUGGGACAAGUUCCACCUGGACAAAAACGGGUUUUCCUUACACUCUUUCAAUACCUCUUACUCCAACGACUGGGAGAAUGAUGAGGCUGUGCGGUCUGAAUUCUACCCGGACGUUGUUUCCUUUCUUGAAAAAACCUUGGGCGCAACGCGUGUUCUUGUUUUCGAUCACACAAUACGCUCCGAGCGGAACUCACAAAAGGCGCUUACCGACGAGAAGAAUACGUCUCAGCGCUCUCCUGUCAUGCUUGUGCACUGCGACUACACCGCCGAAUCUGGCCCAAAGCGGGUCGAGCAGUUGCUACCCGACGAGUCCAAAGACCUCCUGUCUCGCCGUGUCGCCUUCAUCAACGUGUGGAAACCGAUCAAUCGUGUCGUCGAGGAGCGGCCGCUAGCCAUGUGUGACGUGGAAUCGUGCGAAGACAAAGAUUUCUUCAAGUUGUACCUGCGAUAUCGGGAACGCACGGGGGAGAACUACGUUUUAAAUUACUCAAACAAGCAUAAAUGGUACUACUUUUCGCGUAUGUCGCCCAACCAGGUCAUCUUGCUGAAGACAUUCGACUCGGCGAUGGAUGGACGGGCGCGUUUCGUUGGGCAUACAGCGUUCGUUGAUCCGACGAGUCCCAAGGAUGCGCCGAUGCGGGAAAGCGUGGAGAUUCGUACAAUAUGUUUCUUCUAGUAGUGUAGCAAUUCUAACGAUUCCCACAGCGCUCAGGAUAAUGUGCCUAGGAA